AUGAUCGAGACAACUCACGAUCCGCCUCAUGACAAGAACCAUGGCCUCAGCCGACGCACUCAUCGAAAGUCCCGCGCUGGCUGCAUAGAAUGUAAACGACGCCGAAUAAAGUGCGACGAAGUCAAGCCUUCCUGCGGCAAUUGUGUGCGGAGGACUGUGACUUGCAGAUUCCGCAGCAAUGCACCGGCAACCCGAUCAGAAGAUGCAUCGGCAGCGACCACUCCCUCGCAACACACCGAUCCUACGAUUGUACAGCUAUCGUUUGAUAGUACGAUCUCAACUCCGACGGCUCAUCUCAUACCCUCGACCGCCUCAACUCCGCCGAUCCCCUCCGCAGCUGGCGUUGAGAUACCAAACCUCUUCCACUUGGAGCUGUGGCAUCACUGGCUGACCACCGCAUGCCUGACCUUCUCCGACGAUGACAACAGAGUCGGUAUGUGGCGGGAAACGGUGCCUCAACUUGCCGUCCGUCACAGUUAUGUUGCACAGCUUCUCCUUGCACUCUCUGCCCUGCAUCUUGCCCGCUUGCAGACCGUCCGUCGAGCUCUCUGCAUGGCCACUUCAACGGCUCUGCAAAGCAGCGCCAUAGAUGGUAUGAUCGAUGGAUUGGCCGCCAGUCCCGACAGCGACCGUACGAGCUCGUUAUUCAUCGCCGCAACGCUACUUUGCUUUUGCAAUUUGGCGAAAGGGCCGCAGGAUGGACAGUACCUUCUGUAUGCAGAUACCGCAGAGCCGGAAUGGCUGGGACUGCUUCAAGGCGUGAAGUCCAUCCUUGCUGAACAUCGUCAUGUUCUGGCUGAUCUCUCGGACGAGGACGGGAGGGCGGGAGAUGUGGAGGAGAGUGUCGGGCCUGACCUUGCUCUUUCGGGAUUUUCUGCUUCUUUCGACAAAUUGAAGACCAGCAUCGAGAGCCUGCGCGCUGAAGAUGAGUCGUUCGCAAAGUACUCCCGCCCUGUGGACGACCUGCAGAAGUGUUUCGACAGUGCCUUCUGGCGCCAACAAGGCUCGGAUGUCAUCAGAGUACACUCACCUGCGGUGUUUGGUUGGCUGUAUCGAUUGAAUGCGGAGUACCUGAAAGCUCUCCAGGACGGGAAGCCCAUGGCUCUGGUGAUAUACGCUUACUACAUGGUCUUGUUUGCUCGACUGGACCGCUUCUGGUUUGUCGAGGGUUGGGUUGAUCAUAUCAUGGUGGACAUCCAGCGGAGGUUGCAUCACACGUACAAGCAUUGGAUGGAGUGGCCUUGCUUGCUUGCCCAGCCGGCAGAGUCACAAUCUGCCGGAGGAUGAUGAGCCGGGUGCCUCAUCAAAGGGAGGA